UUGAACCUCUUCGGUCUUCGGAGUUCUCUGUGGGGUUUUGAGGCGACGGAACAGAGGAGGCGCGGCCCCCGCCGCACAGACGGGCGGACGGAGCCCCGAGGACCCGCGACCCCGCGAGGCAACCGCUUCCGGGCGGGAGGGGACCGCCCGCCGCCCCCGCCCGCUGAGCUCCAUGGCGGAGGCCGCGCCGGGGCGCCCGACUGAGGUCGGUGUGGCCUUUGAGGAUGUCGCCGUGUUCUUCUCCAGGACAGAAUGGCGCCUCCUUGCUGAGGCCCAGAGAGGCCUCUACCUCGAGGUGAUGCUGGAGAAUUUCGCUCUCGUAUCCUCACAGGGUUGCUGCUGUGGCAGUCAGGAUCUGGAGGCGUCCACUGAACAGAGCGUUUCUGUAAGAGUGUCACAGGCACAGAAGACCAACGUAGCUUUGUCUUCCCAGACGAGCCAUCCCUGUGAGUGUUGUGCUGCAGUCUUGAGGGACAUUUUCCAGGUGGUUGAGCAGCAGGGAACGCAAUAUAGUAUGACACUGCUGAGGUGUGGUGCAUGUGCAAAAUCAUUUUAUUUUAGUACACAGCUUCACCAGCACCAUAAGCAGCACGUGAGAGCAGAGUGUUUGAUAAGAGGUGUGGACAGGGCCUCACUUGUGAAGAGAUGCACCUUCAGUGUGUCCCAGAAGCUUUUUACCUGUCAGAAGGUCAGAGAGAGCAUCCUUACUGCCUCCGGACAACUCCAGCACCAGGCUACUCAUCCCAGGACGAAACCAAGUGAAACCUCCAUGUCUGGGGUGACAUUGCAAAACAGAAAAAGCUACCAUAGCAAGAAAGACUGUAAAAAAGCCAUGAGAGGCAACGACACACUUGGUCUAGAUCAAGCUGUCCAUACUGGAAGGCAGUGUUUUGUGGGCACCGAAAAUAAAAAAUAUUUUAAAGAAAUCUCUGGACUUAAUUGUCAUCAGAAAGUUCCCUCAUUGGAAAAGCCAUAUGAGUGCCGUGAGUGUGGAAAAUGUUUUAAAGAACACUGGAUCCUUAUUCAACACUGUCGAGUUCAUUCUGGAGAAAAGCCUUAUGCGUGUGGUGAAUGUGGAAAGUCCUUUAGCCAAAGUGCUGGCCUCACUAGACACCAGAGAGUUCACACUGGAGAAAAGCCAUAUGAGUGUGGUGAAUGUGGGAAAUCCUUCAGCCAAAAUUCCAGCCUCAUUCACCACCAAAGGGCUCACACUGGAGAAAAGCCUUAUGAGUGUGGCGAAUGUGGGAAAACCUUUACCCAGUGUUCCAGCCUCAUUGAACACCAAAGGGUUCACACUGGAGAAAAACCUUUUGACUGUAGCGAAUGUGGAAAGUGUUUUACCAGAAUAGCCUGCCUUCGUCGUCAUCGGAGACUUCAUUCUGCUGAAAGGCCUUAUGGGUGUAAUGAAUGUGGAAAAUCUUUUAAGAGGAAAUCUCUCUUUUGUUAUCAUCAGAGAUUACACACUAGACAAAGUUUGUAUGAGUGCAGUGAAUGUGGGAAAUCUUUUAUCCAUAGCUCUGGACUCCAUUAUCACCAGAGAGUUCACAACGGAGAAAGACCUUAUAAGUGCACUAAUUGUGGGAAAUCUUUUAUCAGGAACUGUGACCUUCAUAACCAUGAGAAACUUCAUACUGGAGAACGACCCUUUGAGUGCAAUGACUGUGGGAAAUCUUUUAUCAGGAACAGUGACCUUUAUAAACAUCAGAGAGUUCACACUGGAGAAAAACCAUAUAAGUGCAAUGAUUGUGGGAAAUCUUUUACCCAUAGCUCUGGAUUCCAUUAUCAUCAGAGAGUUCACAGUGGAAAAAGACCUUAUGAGUGCACUGAUUGUGGGAAAUCUUUUAUCAGCAAUUGUCAUGUGCGUACUCAUCAGAGUUCACAUAAAAGAAAGGCUUUUUGAGUGCUGUGAAGGUGGGUAAAUUUAACAAAAAUUCUAGCCUCAGGACAAAUGAGCUUACACAUUAGAGGAAAUUUUUAGAUGUGAAGGAACUGUAGUUUCCUUGUUCAGUGUUAACAACACUGAAAGAAAUUCAGGCUUCAGAUAUCGGACUUUCAGCUCAUAAAUCCCAACCUCAACAGUAGGGAGAUUUUGCAUAAAGUUAGUUGUUGUAUGCUUGUUUCCCCUCGUCCCACGUGGUUCAGGGUUCAGGAUCUGGAAGAGGAGCAGCACACAAAUGAAAGAGAAGAGACAAGAGCUCAUUUGGAAAUAUUGGGGGGCCAGGUGGGCAAGUCCAACUCAAGGGGAAGGAUCUCCACCGGUGCCCAGGCCUCGCCAGCCUUUUAUUCAGCUUUGGUUAAACAUAAAGCCCUUAGGCUGGUAAUUGCAGUAGCAGACAGGGUAUCUUAAAGGUCAGUAAAUAUUAGAAGGAAUGCCGAAACCGGUUUGGCUCAGUGGAUAGAGCGUCGGCCUGCAGAC